AUGGGUGGAUGGGAGAAUGGGGAAUGGGGGAAUGGGGAAGGGGGAAUGGGGAAUGGGGAAUGGGGAAUGGGGAAUGGGGAAUGGGGAAUGGGGAAUGGGGAAUGGGGAAUGGGGAAUGGGGAAUGGGGAAUGGGGAAUGGGGAAUGGGGAAUGGGGAAUGGGGAAUGGGGAAUGGGGAAUGGGGGAAUAGAUGGGUGGAUGGGUGGGUAG